GCGACUUACGUAAGGAUCUAGCAAAGUUACUUAGAUUAGAGACGGUUCGUGUCCGGAAAAGCAGGCUGAAAUUGGCUAGAGUGUCAAAUAAGGGGAAAUUUUAGGGAUCAGUCAUGUCUACAGCUGCUGUAGCAGAAAAGCCUUUAGUUGGAACGGUCGAUAUCGUCUUGUUAGCUUCAUUCAUCGGUGUUUUGUUGUAUUGGUUUUGUGGACGUAAAAAGAAAACCGAGACUGCUGCUCUCACACAGAAGUUGGUCUUAGCGCCGACUACCAAGAUUUCCCAAGAUGAUACAAGUUUUAUUGGAAAAAUGAAAAAAUCUGGUAAAUCCUUAGCAAUCUUCUAUGGUUCCCAAACUGGAACAGCAGAAGAGUUUGCUGGCCGCUUAUCAAAAGAUGCUUCCCGUUAUGGAUUAAAAGCCAUUGUCUUGGACCCUGAAGAGUGUGACAUGGAGGAACUUGCUCGCAUGGGAGAAAUAGAGAAUUCGAUGGCAAUAUUUGUUGUGGCUACAUAUGGUGAAGGAGAUCCUACAGAUAAUGCUCAGGAGUUCUAUGAAUGGCUACAAAAUGACAGGGAUGACCUGGAUUGCCUUAGUUAUGCAUCUGGAAGAAGACUUUGUACGAUGGAGAGAAGCAUUCUGGCCAGCAGUUUUAAGCAAGUAUAACAUUGAUGUCAGAGAAAUCAAGAGGAGACUAUCUUCUUGUAUUGAUCGACAAUUCAGACUUGAGGUUCUUAAGGACUUGCCAGAGGACAAAAUUUAUACAGGAGAGAUGAAUAAACUGAAGUCGUACAUCACUCAAAGACCGCCUUUUGAUGCUAAGAACCCAUUCAUGGCUAAGGUUCUAGUGAAUCGUGAGCUGCACAAAGCUGGAGAACGAUCCUGUAUGCACAUUGAACUUGAUAUCACUGGCUCUAAAAUCAAGUAUGAUGCAGGAGACCACGUUGCUGUUUAUCCCAUGAAUGAUCCUGAACUUGUGGAGAAACUAGGAAGCCUCUUAAAUGUGGAUCUUGACACAGUCAUUUCACUGAAUAAUACAGAUGAGGACUCACCAAAGAAACAUCCUUUUCCUUGCCCCACAACUUAUCGCACUGCCCUCCUGCACUAUGUGGACAUUGCCAGUGUGGUCAAGACUCAUGUGUUGAGAGAACUAGCAGAGUAUGCAAAGGAUUUUGAACACAAAGAGUUUCUCACGAACAUUACAGAUACAACAGAGGAGGCAAAGAAACAAUAUCAAGACUGGGUUCUUACUCCACAUCGGCAUGUUGUUGCUGUCUUAGAAGAUCUCUCCUCUUUAAAGCCACCUCUGGAUCACUUGUUGGAGCUUUUACCUCGAUUGCAGUGCCGUUAUUACUCUAUAUCAUCCUCACCUAAGAUGUAUCCCACCUCCAUUCACAUCACUGCAGUACUUGUAAGGUGGAACACAUCCUCUGGUCGAGUACAGAAAGGUGUUGCUACUAACUGGCUUGCCACCAAGAAGCCUCAGGAGCUUGAAAAUGCUUGUGUGCCUAUCUUUGUUCGGAAAACACAGUUUCGUCUACCAUUCAAAUCAGUGACCCCGGUUGUUAUGGUGGGCCCUGGAACUGGUUUUGCUCCAUUCAGAGGAUUUAUACAGGACAGACAUGUGCAGAAACAAAAUGGAAAAAAAAUUGGUGACAUGGAGUUGUUCUUUGGCUGCCGCAAGAAAAGUGAAGACUACAUCUAUGAGGAUGAGCUUUCAUCAUAUACACAAGAUGGUACCAUUUCAAAAUUGCAUGUGGCCUUUUCCAGAGACCAGGAGAAGAAAGUUUAUGUUACCAAUCAAAUGACAGAAAAUAAGGAGAAUAUUUGGAACAUAUUAAACAGUGGAGGCCACAUCUAUGUUUGUGGUGAUGCUCGUAACAUGGCACGUGAUGUGCACAACAUACUGUUGACAAUUGUCAAGGAAAAUGGUGGCAUGUCUGAAAAUGAGGCAGCUGAUUAUGUGAAGAAACUCAGUGCUAAGGGAAGAUACUCGGUUGAUGUUUGGAGCUAAAUUGUAGAUAACAACCCCACUGCAUCAUGGCAUGUAUGACUAUGUGACUGACGCAGAGGGAUAAACAUCAUAUGUGUAUUUUUUUUUGAAUAUAUAGGUAUAUUUUAGUAGAUUUGAAACAAGUAGGAAUUUGUUUUUAGAAAUUGGAUUGACAUUCCAAGAGCACUUUCUGAGUAUGCUAGCCCUUUAACCCCUAAUUAUAAGAGUGAGAAGCAUGUAGUUUCUCUGUACAAUAUUACUCCUAAAUAAAAAAUUGAGGUCCUGAGAAUAAAGGAAAUGAUCAGCAACUGAAGAAGCUCUUGAUUGUUGAACAAAUUC